AAGUGAGGUGUGAAUUCUGCUUUGCCUUGCCCCAUGUGUGCCAUUCGACGUGAAUGGCAGUUGGGUGAAGUAAUAUUACAAAACAAAUAACGUUUCUAUUCCAAAUCACUGGAAAAAUCCAACGUUGCUAUUCUUCGCACAAUUAUCAGUUUUCGACGAUGUAUUUCCCGAGUAGUCGUCGCAUCUCCUCUGCAUUUCCUCUCUACAGGUGGCUUGUGUUGCGCCAUUCUUCCACGAAAUUGUUUGUCGGAGGACUUUCUUAUGAUACCAAUGAACCUGUUCUAAAGAAAGCUUUCGAGAAGUAUGGCGAGGUAAUUCAAGUAAACGUUAUAUGUGACCAUGUAAGUGGCAAAUCAAAAGGAUAUGGAUUUGUACGUUAUGCCGAGGAUACUGCAGCAAGCAAAGCCUUGAAGGAAAUGGAUGGCCAGUUGCUAGAUGGUAGAAAUAUUCGUCUCCAAUAUGCGCAUAGAGAGUGAAGACGUGGAUUUCAGGUCCAAAGAAGUUUAACUUUCAGUGAUUGAAGGUUACAUAUGGGAAUUAUGUUGAUAUUUGGGAAAUUUUAUUUCAGUUGCUUUAGCCUUUUUCAUGAAACAUGCUUUACUUUCCUA